GUGUUGAAUAGGCGAUCGACUUGUCGGUUCACAAGCCGGCCAUGAUCGUGGAAAAUGGUUUCAUCGUAAAUCAAUUAGUUUCUGAGAUAUAACCGGAAAUGUAAAGUGCAAAAGCUACCGCUUAAUCUCGCGAGAGCCGUACCUGUUAAUCUGAGCUGGAUGGGUAGAUGUGUUGUGAAUUCCAAGUUUCCUCUUCUUACACUUUCAGUUCCUUCUGUACCAUUUUCCAAUAUAUUAGGUUGUUCGGUUAUAUCAACAUUACCUGAUAUACCUGAUAUCAUACCUGAUAUCGUCAACACCUUAAUCAACACCAUUCGGAGAAGCUAUUGUUGUGCAUUGAGCAAUUUUCAUUUAGUUCCGCGCAUCAGCCAAUUAGCUGAUGUCAUCUAUCCGAUUUCCGACCUUCCAGUACGAAAGCCGACCAAAUCAUCUAAUGAACAGCCUGCUAAUGCGACGCCGGUUUAGUGGGCCGCCGAUUCCGGUGCCAGCGGCGAUGAUCGGAGCGGACCGUCCCGACGGUCGGCCCGACUCCCACGUGGAGACCGGGCCUCGUCACCGUUCAAAAGGAGGCGCACCUCGCUCGGUCAGCGUCAGUGUCGUCCGUCCCGGCGUGACCAGCGCAUCUAUCUGGUCACCAGCGGCGGCUGACCUGACCUGACCUGACCUGACCGGCGCCGUCUCACACCGCUGCACAGAUGAUGCAACCCACUCUUCUUCUCCUGCUGGUCUGGACAACGGUAGAUGGCGCUAGUUACCAUCGCGCCAAUGCGGCAUCAGGUCGGUCCUCUAUGGAGCUACCACUCUCCCCGCUGGCCGACAACCAGCGCCUCUGGCGGCUGCCCGAGGAAGCUAGCCGACCGGCCGCGGCGCCCCAGGGCCUAUUGCGCCCCUGGUGGGUAGGCCGGCCCGCCACACUCGGCAGCGGCGAACAGGCGUGGGGGUCAGGCGAUGACAGCACAAGCGGGGCUGACGCCAUCUCCGCGAGGUCAACCCGAAACCAACGCCAUUACGCCAAGCGCGGAAUGAACGUGCGCAUGUGUGGAGCGCAGUUGACCGACUUCAUCGAGAGCCUCUGCCACGAUCGUCGCAGGCGGAGCGGCAGCGCAGUCACCGUGCGGCAAAUCUCCUCUGCUAUGAGCCGUGAAAGCAUCGUAGAGGCCUGCUGCCACAGACCGUGUUCGAUUCGGGAGCUAUACGAGUUCGUCCAGCCAACAUGUGACGUUAUGCACAACAGCUCUCCUCAAAUCGCAUAUACCAGGGUCUCGGCACCCGCGGGUGGACAGCCGACAUCCCCUGUCACUGAGAGCCACAGAGUUGUGACCACGGCUGGCACUCCGCCCGUCCACUUGCCGGUGUUUGAGGACCCCGGUCUUCCCAUAGACGGAUUCCAGAAACGCGACAAUGAUCCUGCUUCGAUGGCCUGGGAAACCGACAGUGAUCUGGCCAGCUUCUUGGUCGUUUGAGUGGUGUCACGUGACCCAUACACCGCCGAGACAACUGCAGAAACGGAUCAAAGCUGGAGAUGCAGCAGAUACCUGAUCUGCUAAACAUGCGGAAUCUGAUAAAGCUGUGACUGUAAAUAAUAACUCAUGUGAUACUACUGAUGUACUAGCAUGCCUAUGUGCUGUCGAACACUGCUUCAGUUUCGACGACCAUGUGCAAUGGGAUAGAAAAAAAUAUACAUGUGUCAUCAUC